GAGUUGGGGAAAAAGAAGCCAGAUGCAAAAAUGUUUGAUUUCCAAGAACAAUCAAGUUUGACCAGAAACAUCACACAUAACUCAGCAAAUAUUGAAGAGGAUCUGAAACCAAGAGGGCUAUGUGGAUUGAAUAACAUGGGUAACACAUGCUAUAUGAAUUCUGCCAUCCAAUCACUAUCAAACUGCGUGCCACUUACUCAGUUUUUCUUGAAAUGUGAUGCAUUCAUCACUGGACCAGAAACUGGAAAACCGAGUGUUGCAGUUGAGUAUUGCAAACUGAUGAGAAUAUUAUGGGGAUAUGAAAGGCAAAGAUCGAUUAAUCCAUUGGCGCUGGCGAGGUCAAUUAGAUUGAUUUAUACCCAGUUCAAAUGGUAUGCACAACAGGACUCUCAAGAGUUUCUUCGCUGCAUUAUGGAUCGUCUUCACGAUGAGCUCAAACGACCUGAAAUGGACUUUCAUUUAAAGCGAGGCCAGACGAGUCCAAAGAAAGGCCACAUUAAGCACGAAAGUAAGAAACUUCUUGGAGGACAAUUGGCAGAAGUCGAGCAAGCGAUGGAUGUCGAUGACCAAUCAGAUGAUGAGUACAGUGAACUGGGUGAAAAACAUCAAGACAGCAAUAAAAUUAAAGAAAACACAGUGGUCUAUCAUAGCAUCAUAUCUGACGUAUUUAACGGAAAAUUGAAGAGUCUUGUACAAUGCCUUGCUUGCAGUCGAGUCUCUACAACGAUAGAAAAUUUCCAGGAUCUUUCGCUUCCCAUUCCAGGAAAAGACGAUCUUAUGCAGAUCCAUUCCCAGCGCUCAACUAACCCCAUUUCCUGUUCGUCUAGUUUUUAUACCCAAGGAUGGUUCAGCAGUAUUUAUAGCUGGCUCGAAAGUUGGUUUGUUGGCCCCCAAGUCUCUCUUCAAGAUUGCCUUGCUGCAUUUUUCGCCAAAGAUGAACUUAAAGGUGACAAUAUGUACAAUUGUGAAAAGUGUAAUAAAUUAAGAAAUGGCGUGAAAUACCUCAAAGUUUUAUCUCUUCCAGAGGUUCUAUGUAUACAUUUAAAGCGUUUUAGACACGAAAUGCAUUAUUCAUCGAAAAUCAAUAAUCAUGUCAACUUUCCUGUCAAUGGAUUGGAUAUGAAGCCAUUUUUAGAUAAAGACUGGCAUUCAGAAUUUACAACAUAUGAUCUCUGUGCUGUUAUUACCCAUUUUGGCAAUGUUGGUGGUGGCCAUUAUAUUGCUUAUGCUAAAAACUGCAUCAAUGGUAAAUGGUAUGAAUUUAACGACUCGCUAAUCUCAGAAGUAUCUGAAUACGUGGUUGAGAGUACCGAGGCUUAUGUUUUGUUCUACAGCAAAAGGUCUUCCGCCGACCAGACGUUUCGAGCACACGUACGAGAAGCUAUAGAAAAGAUGAGCAACACGAAUCCUUGCCAGACAAGAUAUAUAUCCAGAGAAUGGUUUAAUAGAUUUGAAACAUGUGCAGAGCCAGGCCAAAUCUCAAACUUCGAUUUCUUAUGUCGACAUGGAGGAGUCCCGCCAUCUCUGUUUAGUCGAGUGAAAAGUAUGGUACUUGAUAUCCCUUUGGAAAUUUGGAGCACCCUUAGCCUGAGGUAUGGUGGUGGGCCUGAAGUUCGAAAACUAUCUGAGUGUCAUGAGUGCAAGGAUUUGCAGCGCCGACGUGAAAAAGAGUUGGAGUGCUUUUCAAAGCUUCAUGAUGCAUAUCAAAAUAAUCCUGACGAAAAGGCCGCUUAUGUCCUCAGCAUAACGUGGUACAAGCGCUGGCAUGCUUUUGCAAAAGGUGACGAGCAAGAACCCCCUGGCUCAAUCGAUAACACAAACAUUUUGGAGUUAAAAGGAACUGUCUACUCUUUGCUUGAAGAUUCUGAUUAUGGGUUGAUUUCAUCAGAAACUUGGCAGUUUUUUCAAUCUACAUACGGUGGAGGCCCUGAGUUUGUAUUUGAGAACAAACAAACAAUGUCGAAUAAAAGCACAAGUGAGGAGAAAGAAAAUACAAACUAACGUUAAAAGGCAGAGAAAACAGUAAUUGUAAGUGUAUAACCAGCGCCUUGACUGGAGAAACAUAGAUUUUUCGCGACAAACACGUAUAUGAAUUUAGUAGAAUGGAAUUGAUAGGUUAGUUGCUGGCCUGGAUCGCUUUACCUCCCCUGAAAAGGUACUAAGUGGAGUCAGCUUUUUAAAAAGAAAAUUUUUCUGAAUCAGAGGUAACCACUUUUUAAGAUCAGACUUGUAAAAAUAGAUCAUUAUCGCAAAUUAUCUAAAAACACAGUAUCGUGAGAAAAUCUUUUAAUACCUCAUUUCCAUAUACCUACGUUUAAUGAGGUAAUGCAUGUUUUUGUUCAAAGGAACCAGUUGGAAAGUUGUGUCAUAUGCGCCUGUUGAAGCCGAUCGAGUUAGAAUGGCCUUCUAGAGACCAUGUUGCUUAAAGUCUGUAUUUGAGAAAAUUGUUAUAGUAGGAUUUGAUUGAAUAAUUUUCAUUGGGAGCAUCCGAUGUUGUAUCGUCAUUGUAAAUAUCAUCCAACGCUCUGGAACCUUA